AUGAAGUCCCUCUCGUUGGAUUGUGCUGAUAUGCCUCCACCAGUUCAAAUGGGUGGAAUUGGUCGAAAUCAGUAUUUUAAAGGAAAACAACUUCGUUCUGCACGAGGUUAUGCCGCCUCAGGUGAAAGUUUCGAGAAUUCAUUUGAGCGUAGUGAAUCCCCGCCCUCAUCAAGACCUACUCCAACAAAAACAACGCAACAAUUGACAAGAAGAUUGCCACCAGCACCCCCAAUGACUGCCCCAAUUCAACAACAACAACCAAUAAAGCCAAAUGAAUCAGCUUCUUCACGUCGUUUAAUGCCUCCAAUUAGUACACACAUUGUUAUUCAUGAAUAUGUAAAUGGGGAAUGCUCUCUUUUCCUUGGUGAUCGGCUAGUUGUUUUGGACAAUGGUGAUCCGGACUGGAAACAUGGAUUUAAAGUUAAUGACCGUCUUCAACAAUUAUUCACAUUUCCAAGUACCUGUAUCACUGCAUUCCAACCUGACGAACAACCUAUGCGUUUAACACAAAAUUGUAACUUGGUGGAACAAAAAUUGCGUCUUUAUAGAGACCAAGUUGUUUUUGUACAGCCAAACUCAUUACGGGAAGAUGGACGCGUUAAUGUACGCAACGAACAUGGAACUUGUGCCUACUGUCCUUUGCAGUAUUUAAUGCUUAUGUAG